GAUGAAUACAAUGCGUGAAGCUUUGAACAUUGUCUCAUUUUUCUCAUUUAGUCUUCAUCAUUGUGCUUGCUGCAUUCUGGUUGAGUAGAUUGUUAUUCCUAAACUACUUUUUUUGCAACAAAAAUGCCUCGAAAAAAGUGCUCAGCUGCUAAAAUGAAGGUUUUGAGACUCGCUCGAGAUCAAAACAACCGUUUCAUUACCGAUGAACUAUUGAAUCAAGAUGUAAGUAUUACGAUGUAUUGUCUAUUUGUUCAAUGUUCAACAUAGCAAUUCAUCUUUUCAUUUAGUCAGCAGACACAACAAACCGAGAAACAGACGAAGUUACAUGCAAAAAAACAAUAUCACGGAAGAAAUCAAACCAGAAGGCGUCAUUAAACUCCGGCAUCGUACACCACAAGGUUUCUAAGUUUUUCAUCGAGCAUAAAAAUCGCACAGAUACGACCAAGGAGUGUGGUACAAAAGGCUCACAAAUGACUGAUCGUAACAAUGAUCAGCCAUCUUCAAGUCAUGCUUUGAAGCCAAUUCAAACUUCGAACACCUCCAGAAAGAGUCCAAUCACAUUGUCGCAAAAACGAACGGAUUUAGCUGAUUACAAAACUAGGCCGAGUACUGUGAAAAUUCGAACGGAAAAUUUGAGAAUUUCACCGUCUGGAUAUACAUUCGAAAGAAUAAUGCCUAGAAAACAGAAAAUCACUGAUACUACCGGAAACGAACUAGAGAUGGACCCAUCGAUCUCAAAACCAUCCAUCCAUAAAAAUCUCCAGGAAAAAGCACCACAUACUGGACCGGUUGCUGAAAGCAUUUCCAACUCGGAAAAUUCGGAUGCAGAUGAUCAGAUGGACAAUCUCCAGGAAAAAGCACCACAUACUGGACCGGUUGCUGAAAACAUUUCCAACUCGGAAAAUUCGGAUGCAGAUGAUCAGAUGGACAAUCUAUUGUGGACAACAGAUGAUGAUGAUGAUGACGAUGAUUUCCAGGCUGUUGAGCAUAUUUCUGGUGCAUCUGAGUCUGAUGAUGACGUUUGUCUUGAGAAUUAUGCUCCACAAAUGAACCAAAAAGAGUGUUCGUGUGGAUUAGCAGACGAAAAUGAAACCCUUCGACUAAAGGUAGCAAGCCUUGAGAACAAAAUUAAACUGCGGGCAGCGGCACUUCGGAAAAAAUUGGAUGUAUUGGAUAACAGCAACAACAGAUUGCAAAGAGCAUUAACAUCGAAGCUCCUACCGCCUUCGCGAGAACCUUUUACCAGUAUUGAAGGAUUUCCAUCGGUGCAAACAUUGCUUAAGAUGUCGAUCGAGGCUAAAGAUUCGGAUUAUCUGUUCGUAAAGUUUCUAAUGAACGCUCUGUGGGUUGACGGUUUUGUAGGAAGGUGUUUGUCCGAGCGCACUUCAAACAACCCGAAAGGACGCCCUUCGAACAAACUACUUGAGACGCAAUCAAACGGAGAUUGCCCAACGAAUGAAAAUUCUGGUCCUGCUUCCCGAAUACCGCUAGAGCGCACUCGGGUGGAAUAUGUCAGAGAUCGACUAUAUGAAAGAAGGCUGUUUCUAGACGAUUCUCGAGUAGUAGCUGCGCAGGUUGCAACGACGUACAAGAAACUUAUGCACGCCGUUAUCGCAAAUUCAACCCGACGUUAAUUUACAUAGUUUUGUUUUGAAGUUUGAAAUGACUGUUCUGUGUAACUAUCGAAUGUUAAUGUUACAUGUUUUCAAUCACGAGAUUUUUCUGAAUUUAAAAUAAAAUCUCAUUUAAAUAUUUGCUUAUUUAUGCUUUUAAUUUAUAUUAAUGCCUAAUAAAAUAACAAAAUGAAAACUAAUGUAGUUAUCAAUUUUUAGUUAUCACUCUAUGGAAAUAAUAACUCCUUGAGAACUGUUCAUGAUAUCAAAUUGGAAAAUUUGGAUAACAAAAUAAGAUAUCAAUUUGUUAUCAAUGAGAACUCAUUUUGUUUUCAAUUAGAUAUUUCAAGUACAUUAUUUUGUUAUCAGUUUUGUUAUGUUAACACUUAAGUCAUACAAAAUGAAAACUCGCUUUGUUAUCAAAAUUCGUGAUAUCUAAAAAACUCAAUUUGUUUUCAAUUAGUUCUCAUUCCCUGCUCGGGUAGCCAACCUUGGAAAAAAGUUAUCCGAUUGAUAACUUUAGAGAAUGAUCAGUCGUGAUUCGUGUUUCUCUCGUUGAGCAACUAGGAAGAUGCGUACAAUAGUGUUUCGACUCCGUCUGGUACUACCCGGAGGAUUGGUUGCAAGAAACACUGUAUCGAUCUAAAAAAUACCACAGUUUGUUCAGCCGUGCAAUAAACUCCACUCAAUGUAGCGAACAGAAAUGCUCGAGCAUAAUAACACGAAAAUGUUGACGACCGGACAUGACGUGAUUGAAAGGUGGAAGAAGAACUUUGACGAGCAUAUGAGAAACGCGAAAAACAUGACCUUUGAAGAUCAAUCAUCAGUUUGUAAGUACCGAUAAUGAUAGGAAUUGACAAAGAUCCUCUUUAAAGAAUGAAGUUGAUGUUGCCCACCAUACCAAGGACAACUAAUAAAUUCAUGGCAAAACGGCUUCGUCGAUGGUCACACCAGUUAUACCACGUAACACUGAGGUUAUUUUUCAUCGUCAAUCGCAACUACAAGCAAGGAGUUGUGAUACCUUCUACGGCACUGAAAACCACCCGUCUCAACCUUUGGCCAAAUUUGAAGAUCCGUAUAUUCGCUUUAAAAAUUUAUUUUAUUUUUAUGCUUACGACAGAGGAAAAUGCAAUAUAAUAUGUGUAGUAUGGGUGUGUCUGUAUGUGGGUUGGGUAUGUGUAAAUAGAAACAAAACUACUACGGAACACUUUCUUAGAAUGUCACUUGUUUGCCAUACGUUACGUACUUACAUUAAAAUGGGGAAAAUCAACAAUAUUAUACAAGAAAGAGUACGCCUCUGAUUAAGACUUCCGACGUCGGUGUUACAAAUCAAAAUUUUUUUUAGUUAAAAUAGUUUCAAAAUAACAGUUAACGAUGGUGUUUGUCUACACAUUAUCGUCAUUGACGACGGGCAAAACAUGCAAGCAAGCAUGCA